AUAUAAUUUAAACCUUAAUAUAAACCUGGAUAUCCCUGGGUUCCUUGGCUACCGAAAGUCUUGACUUUUAGCUACCAAACAAUACCAAGAUCCAUGGAAACCCCGCCACUCCUAAAUGGAACCCCCAAGCAAAUAGUUCAGUCAAUAACUGAAAAUUAAACCAUGCAGUAUUGCUGGCUUCCACAGGAGCGACGUGAACCCAUUUUCCGGGAAAAACCACCAGUGGUUAUCUCAAAUAAGCGGUUCCAGCGCAUCCGCGCCCAUGCAACGCAGGCAGCCAAACAGGAGCAACUGCAUCAGCGGCAGCUUCGUGAAGAGGCGGAUGAGAAACUCCGAAUCGGAGGCGAGGAGCUCCUCCGGAAAUUUGCCGGUCGCAAUCUCUGCAUCACACGGGAGGAGGAGUGCGCCCGGGAACUAAAGCAGCUGCAGGCUGAGCAACUGGAGGCCAAGCGCCUGGCGGAGGAGGAAAGCAAGGCUGCUCGCCUGGAGCAUCAGAAAACCAGGAAGAAGCGCAUCGAGGCUGCCCAGAAACUCCUAGAGCAACUGCGUCCUGGUCCGCGGGAGUUGCAGUGCGCCCGUCUUCAGAGUGAAGUCAUGCGAAGUGUCAAUGUGCAACGGGAAGUGCAGGCGGAAUUCGCUAGGGUCAACCAGCAACAGAAGGAGCUGGACAGAAAGAUCUUCCAGGAGCAAGUGAUUCGGGGUUUUGAGGAGGCCCAACAGCGCCACAAGGAGCAAUGCCAACAGCUAAGUGAGCAUAAAAAGGAGUUAUUGCACUUAAUUGCAGAGAGGGAAAGGGAACGCCAGGCCACCAAAGCCAAGGAAUUGGAGGAGGCCCUUAAAGAGCGGGAACGAAAUGAGCGCAUGAUGAAGGAUCAGCGGGCCAAGGAGCAGGAGCUACAGGCGGCCAAGCAGCGUCAGAAAAAAGAUGAGGCACUGGCCUCCUUGGUCAUGUCCGAGCAGCGCCAGAAGCGACUCCAGAUGCUCGAGGAGAUGGAGCAGGUGCGGUGCGAUAUCCACAACAAGGCCAAGGGACAUUUGGAGCAGCUGAAACGGAACAGAGCCGAGGAGCGAGUGCAGCAGCGUAUCAGGCGAAACGAGAAACUGGCCAGGGAACUGGCUCCACGGCUGCACUAUAGUGCUCGUGAGGAUGAGGAGCGCCAUAAGCGCCAGCUGGAAGAGAUGCGAAAAGUUCACAGUGCCGAGCAGGCCAAAUGGAGGAAGUCCAAGGAACAGGGCAAGAACGCCCGCUUGGCUGUGCAGAGAGAGGAGGAGGAGCUGGCCCGGCAGAGCAGACAGAAGGCCGAGGAGGAUCGCAGAGUGGCAGAGGAACUGCGUCUUCAAAACGAUCUAACCAAUGUCCAGUUUAAGCAGCAGCAGCGAGAGGAGCAUCUUCAAAGGAUAAGAAAACUCCGCCAAGAUCUCGACGAGCAGGUUAAGGAGCGCACCGAGGAGGAGACCCGUCCAGGUACCAACUACAACAGGGAGGCCCAAUUGGAGGAGCUUCGCGAGGAUGCCUUCUUCUUCGACUACGCUCGCCAGCUGAUGGAUGAAGCCCAAGCCAAAGGAUGUCCCCUAAAGCCAUUUAUUCGCGCUGUUGGUCAGUACAAAAACGAUAAUCGGAUAGGAGCAGAGAUACGGAUUCCCCGGCACAUGGUCACUCGAUUGCCCAUGGGCAGGAGAGCUCAGGGAGACAGUCAAGCGGAGGGAAUGGAAAGAUCCUCGCACAAACAGGAACCCAAUUCCGAGGAGUUGGGCAAGGAGGAGAAGAUUUUGAGGCAGAAAAUCCAGGAGAACCUCAAGAAAAUCGAAGCCUUGGUUUUACACGAGGGCAAGGAAAAAGAUGAUCAAAAGAAUUCCAAGAAAUAAGCUGCGGUUUGCCUCUUGAACUUCUGAUAAAUACUUAUCAUUUUGGUUUAAGCUUCACCCUCAUUCAGCAGAAAUAACCUGCACAAAACUUAAGUCAGAAUGGUUGAAAUUAUAAACCCCUAACUUGACAUCAAUUGUGGUUAACUUUGUAGGCUAUCACUCGAAGGCAAGUAUUCGUAUGAUAUCCAUUACAAUGGCAACUGGAAACUGGAAACUCCUCGUCAAAAGUAUUGAAUUGCAAUUAAAGGUGCGAAAUUCAAUUCACUGGUGAUCGAUUUCCAGUGCCAUUAGUCACUGGGCGGC